AUGUCUCUGGCGCAGCUCUCCCGCCUGCUGCCCCUCCCUGAGGACGAGCUAAAGCAGAUGCUCGACUACGCAAACACGCUGUCGAAAUCCGAAGCCGCAAACCACUUCAACGACUUGCUAGGCGACUCACCGCAGGCCGUCGAGUUCAUAUCCUCCUUCAACUCACGACGACAAGAGAAGAAGACCCCAGCCCCAGCGCCGCAAUCCAGUUCGACCAGCUCAAGUGCCCCGGAGCCUGCUCCAAAGACGUCACGAGGCCCCAAGAAGAAGAAGGCAAACAUACACACCCCGGCCGCGAGACAAAUCGACGCUGCGCCUCCCCCGGGGGCCAGCUACAAUAAGAAGUCGCAGGAGGAUGAGUGGUAUGGAGGGAGGAAGCCAGCCCCGGCGGUGGAGAGCAGCAGCACCAGCAGCAGCAGCAUCAGCACCGCCUUUCCGCAACUUGGGGCCCCGUCGUCGGGUUCUAAGCAACCACUAAAGAGCGCGACCCCUCCUCCGCAGCAGCAAAGAACGGCAGGAGGCUACCUGAUAUCCGACGUCAAGGCGAAGCCCAAGUCGAACCCCGUAUCACGAUCCUCUACCCCCAAGCCUACGACGAAACCUACAAAGAUAUCGAUUGCCGGCGGUACGCCAAUGGCGGGUGCAUCCACGGCCCUCAACGAUCUGGAUGCGGUCAUCAGGACCCUAGAGCUGACGACGAACCCGACAAUGGGCGACGACCCGAAAGCUAGGAGGUGCAAUUGUACGGCGGCACCCAACUGCCAGUCGUGUGGCAAGGUCAUCUGCGUCAAGGAGGGCCUCGGGCCGUGCACAUUCUGCGGUACACCUCCGCUGUCGUCGGAGGACGUACAAGGAAUGAUUAGGGAGCUCAAGGCGGAGCGAGGAAAGGAGCGCAUGGCUGCGGAUAGAGACGCUCACAAGCGGGCCGAGGUCAGCAAGAAGCCGGCGCCGUUCAGCCAGAACAAGAUGUCCGAGGCGGAGGCCAAGGCAAAGGAGCACCGGGACAAGCUAUUGAACUUUCAAGCGCAGAAUGCGCGGCGAACGACGGUCAGAGACGAGGCGGCAGACUUUGAUGUCAGCGGGGCCAUGGCCGGCAGCGGAGGCAAUAUCUGGUCGACGCCCGAGGAGCGGGCCAGGGAGCUCAAGAGGCAGCAAAAGAUUCUACGCGAGAUUGAGUGGAACGCGAAGCCCGAGUAUGAGAAGCGCCGGCAGGUGGUUAGCAUUGACGUGGUGGGCGGCAAGGUAGUCAGGAAGAUGGCGGCUGUGGAGCGGCCGACGACGCCGGACGGAGAGGACAUUGUUAUGGAUGAAGUUGAAGACGAAAAUUACAGCCUCACCAGUCAACGGCAGGGUGGUGGACAGGGUGGUGUUGGCGGCGGUGGAGCCUUCAGUCAGAACCCUCUACUCGGAGGACUGAUCAAACCGGUGUGGGAUGCCAAGGGAAAGGGAGCGCAGCUGGAGGGCCGCAAGGACAGAAAGACGCAGUGGAGGAGGGUUCAGGACGACUUUGGGGACAACGAAGCGGUGAUUUUGGAUGGCGGGGCGCAUGGAUACUCGGCGACGGGUGACGAGCCAGCGUGCGGUUGA